AUGAUUGGCAGUGGACUAGACUGGAAUAACGGCUGGAAUAAUAUACCAAUCCAGUCACUAGAGAACUGCCGCGCCAGAAUGGAGGCGAAGGACAAUCUCCCUUUUCAACAAGGGCUAUCGUGCGAUGCAACGUGGGAUUCCUUGCUCUGCUGGCCGGCCACUGCUGCCGGUACGACCGCAGCUCUUCCAUGUCCUGCGGUGCGGGGAUCCGACACAACGA